AUGUUUUAAGGAUACAAUCCAUUCACAGUUGCUUAUCUAUAUGACGAGAAGGGGCGUUUCAUUUUGCGUGUUGAGUCUGUUUUGCGAGAAAAUAUUUGGGGAAAGAGAGAAGAGUGUGAGAGAAAUGGCAGCAGAAGAAGGGCAAGUGAUCGGUGUGCAUACUGUUGAGGCCUGGAAUGAACAGCUCCAGAAGGGCAACGGCUCCAAAAAACUGAUGGUUGUUGAUUUCACCGCUUCCUGGUGUGGUCCAUGCCGCUUCAUUUCCCCAUUCCUGGCAGAAUUGGCUAAGAAAUUGCCAGAUGUUACAUUUCUCAAAGUGGAUGUGGAUGAACUGAAGUCGGUUGCUCAAGACUGGGCUGUGGAGGCAAUGCCAACUUUCAUGUUCUUGAAAGAAGGGAAGAUUGUGGACAAGGUGGUGGGAGCAAAGAAAGAGGAACUGCAGCAGACUCUAGCAAAGCACUUGGCUACUGCAUAAAACCUCAAUAGUGAUGCAGUUGAAUCUGUCUGAACGGGGUUUAUUAUACAUCUCACCAUUAUGCUAUUAUAUGUGAAAUCUUGUCAGUUUCUUGUUCCCAUUUGUAUCGAAUUCCGUGGUUUUACUUGUUUGAACUUUGCACUUUUAAUACGGUAGAGUGCCUUAAUAAUGUUAGAUUUCGUAAAA